AUGGCCAAAGAAGAUUCGUUCCUGCAGCGUGUGAAAUCUCUGCAAGAGUUACCGUACUUGAAGGCUCAGUUCUUUCAACCACCAAGUAACAAAACAGUGGGGUUUCUUGUGUAUGAUGACAUCGAGAUGGAGGUCAUGCGGUACAGACUAGAAAACAGAAACGGCUGUAACGAACCAGCAACUCCAAGUAAACAAACCAAAUUGUUUAAACUGAAGCAGAAGAAGAAAACUGCCAAAGGAAAAGCUGACCGUGAACACAGACGAAUCGUCAAGGCUGUGGAGAAUUUCAUGAAGGCCCUAAACAAGCACAAUUUAGACGACAAUGAAUUUAUUGAUAAACACGAACUACAGGAUGCACUUGAAGACAGAGACGUGUUUUCUGAAGAUGACGUCAGACUUUUGUUCGGAGAAACGUCGGGAGUGGAUGCGGCGUUUAAAAUUUUAGACAAAGAUGGGAACGGUCAGAUACAGUUUCGAGAGCUGGUCCUUUUUAUCGAAGAACAAGGAAUCAGGUUACAGACGAGGUUCCAGGGAUUCGGAAGAAGAGACGUCCAGAAUUUGGGCGAUUUUUUAUCCGCUCUGAUGGACACGAUGUUGACCAACCUCAAAUAUGUCUUUGUUAAGGAAUCUGAUGACUUCAGGACAGUGGGCAUCAACACAGGGCAUAUCGGAACUACGGAUUAUGCCCUGGAAGAGGCAGAUAAAGAGUUCCUGAUUCAGAGGGGCUACAACGCUACCAGAGCGUUCUUGAAGUAUUACGUGGCUAAAGGCAGGGAGUGCCAGAGGAAAACCACAGGCCAUCUUCUCAAUGGGGGCCCUAACACGGACGUUACAGAUGGGGGCCUAGGGCUAGACACUGGGGGCCCUCACACAGACGUUACAGAUGGGGGCCUAGUGCUAGAUACUGCUAGUGGGGGCCGUGCUUAA